UUCGUGCUCCAGUGGUUCGCUUUCCCAACACGACUCAGAUCAGGUCUGGAUCUAGAUAAACGUUUGCUAGUGAGCCUGACGUUGCCCUUUGGAUGACUGUAAAGACUGAGACGUUGCUGCCUAUCCUUACUUUAUUGCAGGUUUGAUUUUAUUAUAUAACAUGUAUCUGUAUAGAUAUCUCAGGGAGAUCAUUAAUUAUCCUGUGAGGGUCAAAGGGCUUGGAAUAAUCCUGCUUUGAUCUGUGUUUGAGCACCGGGGAUGGAUUUUUAGUGCUUUAGUUACUGCAGAUCAGGCUUCAGCGUCACGCUGGUUUAACUGGCUCAGCCCACAGUCUAAUAUAGAGUCAGUGAGACCGGUAAGAAUAUCUGACAUAAUAUCCACUGGCCCGGGAAAUAAUGGCCACGCUGCUGCAGAGCGAGGCUCUGAGGCUUCUCCCAGUCGCGAGCUGUCUGUGAUGUUAAUUAGCCAAAGCGGGAGUCAGCGGUUUGCAGCGUCUCCACCGUCCGUGGGACAGUCUGUGUUCUGUGAUGCAUCUGUGCUAAUGACCUCUGUAAGCUGGUGUCAAUGUUAACGCAAUUGCACCGCCAGCGCCACAGAUGAGACGAAUGCAACUGCUCGUCAGCUGCCGGGACCUUGCAGAGGCUCGUGAUCCGCAGUCGGUGGGUCGUCUCAUCAAAGGCACCAUGUUUGCUGCCAAACAAAGCGGAGACGUUGGUUUUCUUUUUACUCUGGAGUCUGGCUACACAUGUGGAACCACACGCUGACGUCCAGCUUUCCUGCCAUGCGAGUUCGCCUUUCACAAAGACCACUCGGAGCCUCACACGUGGAAUGAUGAAGCAUUAUUUAUGAGCCUUAAUUACAGCUUGUCACCAACCAACCAGCAUGGGCAGCUUCCUGCAGAUAUCAAGGUUGGUCCUGACACUAAUGACUGUUUUAUAGCAGCAUUCACACACACGGAAAGCUUGUUUUUAAUUCUGUCUGCUUUUAAACUCUGUUCAUCACAUUUGUGAAGUUUAACAGGUCACAUGUUGGGCACCUGUGUGAAUUGUAUGUUGUGUGGGUUGCAUUAACCAUUUAUGCAUGCAUGCAUUUGUGGAUGAACACAUAACAGUAUGCCUUUAAGAAGUCGAGUUUGUCCUUGUUAUGUCGUUGAAAGGCAGAAUUCAAAGGUAUCAUGUCACUGUCAGUGGUUUCUUGUUUUUUUUCGCAGCAGAUUGCGAAUCGUGGCCCAUUGUUGUUCCUCUGUUUGUGCCCGUCGAUGUGAGCUUGUUAAGGUGUCGGGGGGCCUGUGAAGGUUCACCAUUAUUCUCUUUGAGUGAGCUUGUCUGCUCCUUUCAGGUUCGGGGUGGGGAGCCUGCAGCCACGGAACGGUGCUGGCAAAUUGCUAAACCUUUAUUUACAUGCACGCUGCCAGUCACACUGAUACUUUGACAACAAAGCCGGUCACAGCAAACAGUGAUUCCACAGCCCAAAGUUCAGGAGUAGCAGCUACUUCACACCCCGUUUUAUAACUCAGGGCUGCUAAAAAUGAAACUGAGCAUCUUGUUGGGGACAAAGCACUGUUGUGCCAGAAUGCAUGGAUCAGAUUCAAAGUGUGCAUAUUUAGAAUAUAGAUACAAGUAGAAGUAGGUACAUAAAAAGACUCUCAUCAACCCCAGGCAGAAUACAGACGUGUUUCUGCUCAUGACAUUAGUCCGGUUGAGCAGCCUCGGCAGUCUGGUUGAACUAGUUAAUUGUAGGUAUGUGUGUGCAAAUAUGGGCUCUGAUCUAUGUUUGCAGACUAAAUGAAUGCUACAUAUGUCCCAAUGAAGUUGUGUAGAACCACCAAAGGAGGAUGGAUACAUUUGUUGAGAUCAAUUGGAACAAGAACAGAAAAUUAAAUCGAAGUUAGGAAACUGUUGUCUGAGCAAAAUAAGCACUGUUUUAAACCAGUUUCAUAGUUUAUAAGACAGCACAUGAUGUUUGAGGAUGAAAGGUGGAACUGAACUCACUGAAAAGCUGCAUCCACCCAACACCAAUCGAUACACAGACACAAGUUGAUCAGUCAGUCCCAGCCUCCAUUCAUGCAUUAAAUAUAGUAGUAGAAAGCGUAUGAGGGGAGAGCGUCUGUGGGCAGCACAGCGAGGAGAGAACAAGACAAAGGAAGUCUUCAUUACAUCACUAACAAUCAUUUUCUUAUUGUCUGACUCACUUUGAGUGGGAGGCACAACGUGCUUUGGUAAAAUGGUGCACAGUUCUCAGGCUGAAAAGACAUUUACUGGAUUUAUAUUCCAUGUUAGUGUCCUUAAAAUGUGAAUGCUUAUUGUGCUUUUUAUUUGUAGAGCUUCUACUCCAGUAAAUCUAUGUGAAGAGCCUAUGAAUGACUUGAUGUUUUUUUGUGAAUCACUCGUUCACUGAAAGUGAAUCUUAAAAGUAAUUCAAGCACAGCACAAACGUCUGCAAAAGUCUUAACACGAAUGUUUUUUAAGCUGUGGACUUCAAGUUUUAGAAACCUAAACAAGCCAAAGUUUACAGUUUAGGAGAAUGAGGAUUCGGUUUUAUGCACAUCUUGAUAAAAUGCUGAGGCUGAACAAUAGACGUUUAAGAGGAAACAUUGUGUCACAUCCUUAUUCUUCCCCCUCACCCGACGACGGGACGAGUACCGUUCCAGCUGAUUGGGCAGCUGGAUGUAAGAAAGGCGCUGAUUGGCUGACAGAUUGCCGCUCCUGAGCUUCUAUUUUGAACAUAAAUACGAGCCGCGUCGACUCAGUCUCCAGAACACAAGGCUGUCAGAGAAGCAGGUCGCGCCGCCGUGGCUCCCCAGCACUGACAACAAUGCGGCUUUAUUAAUUCAGAUUUUUACUUUAUACCAAAAUAUUGAGGCGCCUACAGUCGAUGUUUUUGCAUCGAAGAUUUGAAAAUGUUUUCUUAAACUCACUCGGUAAGCUAAAGGAUUAGCUCCCUGGUUAGCUUGACGUUUGGGUGGUCUUGCUAACUAGUUUAAAUUAUCCGAUUCCAAACAAGUCUUCCACUAAGGAGUAACGUUCACCUGCAGGACUUGCAAAAAUUUCCCCGCCGGCGAUGGAGUCGACUCAUGUUUUUGCCAGCACCAGUCCUGGUCGCUCCAUUUUUAAAACUAGGCCCGACGGGAUCCCCGGCCUUUCCUCGCUCGCUCUGCCCGACCUGAACACAAAGACCCCGCACUGCGGGAAUCUGUUCUCCCCCGGACCCGCGGCUGUGCUGUCUCCUGUGACUAACCUGGCCCAGGACAUGAACAAUUUAAUUGGACUCGGAAGCCAGUGUGAUACCCCGAAAAGAAGGAAGCAUCCCCCCCUCGAGAAAGUUUCCUCCUUUGCUUCAGACGUCUCAUCAGAUGCUGGCCUUGGCAUGGAUCUUCCAAGUCCCAUGGAUGCUGUUGAAGUGGAGGACACAUUUGAAAGGGCUAUUCAGCAGUCAAGCAGAGUUGUCAAUGAUAAGAUGCCAAUUCGACGAAUCAACUCGUUACCACUCCAGCUUCUGGGUUUCAGUCCAUGUCUAAAAGGACAGGAAACGGAUUGUCAUCGCUACGGAAUAUUUGGCCAAAAACCUUCACAAAUGAUUGACCCUUCAUCGCAUGGUGAAGAAAAAGAGAAUGUACCAGAGGAGGGCUUUGAAUUCAAGAAACCAACCAAGCCGGCGUCACGAUGCCGCAUGCGCUCCUUCAAUGGUGGACAGUCAAAAGAGGCAUUUGCCUGCCGCCCCAACUCCGCACCAGCUCUCAUGUUUUCGUCACCUCCUCCAGUCCAGCAGCUUGACUUCCAUGAUUCAAGCCCCAUGUUCCUAAGACGCUCCUCUCUAAAUGCUGAUGACGAUGAUGGCUUCUUGGAUGUACUUGAAGACAACAUGGAGAAUGACUCCGACAUGCCGAUGGGAAUGGCCAGUUUGCUCACUGCUCCACUGGUGGGAGACAGCUCAGCAGAAGACUCUCCUUUGGUUCGCUGCCGGCCACGAAGCUUGUUUCGCUCACCUUCCAUGCCCAGCCCAGUUUCAUCACGUCAAUCUGUCAAGCGUCCCGACUGUCCUGGAGACGAAAACACACCAGUGAGGGUGAAGAGGCGACGCAGCGUGGCAGGGGCGCAAGUUACAAACAUGGAACAGAAUCCUGAAUCCCCACGACUGAGCUGUUCAAUGCUUCAGAGGUCCAAGUCUUUCUGCCAAACAGAGAUUGAAAAACUGCUGGAUGGGGAGGAGGAUGGUUCGAAUGAGCUCAUUGGAGACUUCACCAAGACAUUUGUACUGCCCACAGUGGAGGGCAAACAUCAAGACCUCAAAUACAUUACCUCAGAAAUGAUGGUGGCAGCUCUGAGCGGCCAAUUUAACAAUCUAGUGGAGCAGGUCAUUGUCAUCGACUGUCGCUACCCUUAUGAGUUUGAAGGAGGGCACAUUAAGGGGGCUCUGAACCUGCACCAAGAGGACCAAGUGGAGGACUUCCUCCUCAGGUCCCCCAUCAUCCCAUCCUGCCCGGACAAGCGCAUCGUCGUCAUCUUCCACUGCGAGUUCUCAUCUGAACGUGGCCCGCGAAUCUGCCGCUUCGUCCGCAAGCGAGACAGAGAUAUGAAUGACUAUCCCAAGCUCCACUACCCCGAGCUGUACAUCCUCAAGGGCGGAUACAAGGAGUUCUUCCCACAUUUUCAGGCGCAGUGUGAACCGCAGUCCUACCGGCCCAUGCACCACGAGGACUUCAAGGAGGACCUGAGGAAAUUUCGCCUGAAGAGUCGCACCUGGGCUGGAGAACGCAGCAAAAGAGACAUGUACAGCAGACUGAAGAAUUUGUGAAUUGUCCUUGAGUUAGUGCCCUCACCCAUUGGAAAUUUUUCCUUUCUGGUGCCUCACCCAUCACCAAUGAUUUGUUUUCUUUUUUUUUUUUUUUUUUUUUUUUUUUUUGAGAAUUAUGACAACAGAAUGGGGAUUUUAAAGUCUGAGUUUCAUCUGACUUACUCAAAUAGCUUUAUGCAAAUGUGAGGAGAGAUGGGAAAUAUUUUACUGAGGUUUUAAGUUGCAUUUUAAUCUGCAGCAGUGAGAUCAUUUUUAGAAACCACUUGGACCUACUGCUGGUUUAGCUUUUUUUUGUUUGUUUUUUUUUUUACAUUAUGCUGGUGUUAGAAACGGCCAUAUUGCAAUAAUCCAACCAAAACCACACUGCCACGUCUCCUCACUGGAUGUUUGUUUUAUCUUGAGUUUGUCAUGUCCUGUUUUAUUUAAGCACUUAUUUAAAUACCGUGAAGUGGUGAGGUGCUUUGUUUUGAUACUUUUUUUUUUUACAUGGAAUUGGUUUGGUGUUGUCCUGUGAUUUAGACAGUGAUUUAACAUUAUGCCCCCUCCCUCAAAGUUAUUUGGAUAUUAUUAUAGUCAGGAACUUUUCCUCUUCCUGAUUAGUUGCAAUACUUGUGUAUGUGUGCGUGUGUGUGUCUGUGGGUUCUUUCUUUUUUUUUUUUUUUUUUUUUUUUACAGCAGAUGUGAAGAUUUUAGAUUCAAGAGAAACACCCUUGUUUUGCAUUCUCCUCCUGCAGGACUAUUGUCAGUUUAAUGAAUGGGGUGCUCUCAAUGUUUUGGUGCCGGAUCGUGGGGAGCUGCUGCAAUAAAGAUCCAAUGUGCGUUAAACUGGGACUUACUGCAUUAUUCUCUCCUUUUUAAAUGUUUUUGGAUGGGGGCAAUAUGCAUUUGUAAUACAACCUUUCAAAGGUUGCAUUACAAGUACAACAUUUGACUCAAUUGUCAAACGGAAUGCCAUUCAAUCAAAAGA